UCAGCUGGCACAACCGUCAGGUGGCCGUUUCAUCGCAUUUCAACGGACCCUGUAUAUCUCUUUAUAUCGACAGACAUUAGAAGAGAGAAAACUCGGAGAUACAACUUUCGCCGUGAAUGUGGAAAAUGAAGAACAGUUGGAUCUUUCUGUGCGCAGUUUGCUUUUGGUCCCCAAUUCAAGGAACAUUUCGAUCCUCCUCUUCCUGUCAAUGUUAUGGUAAAGCACAGUACUGCAAAUUGGAUCAUCUUGGACUGCACUGUGUAAACUGCCAGGGGAACACAGAAGGGCGGCAAUGUGAAAGCUGCAAGGAAGGAUAUUACCACCAGAGGGCAGAAGACAGCUGUUUGCCCUGCAACUGCAACACUGCAGGUUCUCAAGGACCAGUCUGCAACAAGGAUGGACGGUGUAUGUGCAAACAGGGUAUUCAUGGGGACAAGUGUGACUGGUGCCAUGAUGGGUCUCCAGUCGCAGUCAAUGGAUGUGAACCUUUGAGGCUAAGUUGUCGGUCACGUUAUAAUGGCCAGCUCACAUAUAAUAAAGAAGAAUGCCUGCCCUGCUUUUGUUAUGGACAUUCAAAUGUGUGCACAUCAGCUAAGGGAUACUCCAUUCACAACAUCACUUCAACUUUUGAUCAUGGACCUGAGGGAUGGCGAACUGCCACUGCUCAGGGUGUGAGUCCCUCACAAGUGGACUUCAGGUGGUCUCCCACCCAUAAAGACCUAGAGGUUAUCUCUAAGGAGAUCUUUCCUGUUUAUCUGUUUCCUCCAGCAUCAUACCUGGGGAAUCAGGUUCUGAGCUACGGUCAGACGUUGACCUUCUCUCUUCGUCUGGACAGAGGUGUCCGUCGUCCCUCCACCUCUGAUGUUAUGCUAGAAGGAGCAGGUCUUAAGGUGACUGCUUCACUAGGGGACUUGAGAACUGUGUUACACUGUGGAAAGAAAAUCACUUACACUUUUAGAUUGGAUGAACAACCUGGAAGCAAAUGGAGACCACAGCUCACAUCCACAGAAUUCCAAAGGCUUCUGAGCAAUCUUACAGCCAUUAAAAUCAGGGGAACAUUUGGUGAAAAUGGACGUGGUUACCUAGAUGACGUCUCACUUGUGUCAGCUAAACUGGGCCCUGGCACCCCUGCAGUCUGGGUCAAGAAGUGCAGCUGCCCUGUCGGUUAUGAUGGACUGUUUUGUGAGUACUGUGCCACAGGAUACAAGAGGCGUUUCCCCGGCCAAGGCCCCCAAAGCCCCUGUGAUCCAUGUUCCUGUCAGGGUGGAACAUGUGAUCCAGAAACAGGAGGAUGCUACUCCGCUGAUGACAUACCAAACCUGCAGAUGUGCCCUAAAGGUUAUUAUGUCAACCGCCAGCAGUCUAGCUCCUGUCAGAAAUGCCCAUGUCCCGAGGGUGAGGCUUGCUAUGUCAUUCCCAGAACUCAGCAAGUGACAUGUGUCCGUUGUCCUCGAGGGACUACAGGCUCUCGUUGUGAAAUCUGUGAUGAGGGUUUCUAUGGAGACCCCCUGGGAGAGUAUGGCCCUCCCAAACAGUGCCAGCCUUGCCAUUGUAAUGGCCACGUGGAUCAGAACGCUGUAGGCAACUGUGACCGCCAAACAGGAGAGUGUCUGAAGUGUUUGAAUCACAGCACUGGCACUAAGUGUGAGGACUGUGAAGAGGGAUACCACCACAAUUACCCCACAGAGUCAUGCCAGGCUUGUAACUGCAACAGACAGGGAUCUGUGUCAAAUUCAUGCCAUGAUAAAGGCCAGUGUGAGUGUAAGGAAGGCUUUGAGGGACUGAAGUGUGACAUAUCAAUGUGUCCAUCCUGCUUCAAUCCAGUCAAGAGCAAGAUCGAGGCUUAUGCACGACAGCUGCAGGAAAUGGAGGAUUUAUUCAAAGGAAUUGGAAGUGGUGAUGUUUCAGUCAACGAUGCUGAGAUGGAACGAUCCAUAAGAGCUGCAGAGGUCAUUUUGCAAUCCCUGGAGACCAGAGCAAAUGAACUUACAAAUACAGAGAAACAACUUCAGAAUAAGCUGGCAAGCAUUAGCAAAACCCAGCUGAGUGAGGACAGAAGCAUAGAGGUUCUGUUAAAAACAGUUGAUUCUAUUAGAAGCAAAGAUCAGCGGUAUAAGACAGAAGUUUCUGAAAUCCAGAAACUCAUCAGUGACAUCAGGACACAACUGCAACAGGCCAAACAGGACAUCCAGCAGGCUGAGUUUCCCUCAGGUGAUGCGGAGGCAGGCAUUGACACCUUGUCUUCUUUGGUUCAGAGAGCUGCUGAUCUUGCCGAGCAGCACCAAGGUGAGGCAGUGACUGUAGAGACUAUCGCAGCCAAUUCUCUGUCAGAGUCUGAGAAAGCCCUGGAUCUCAUACGUGGUGUCAUUGGCAGAGAAAAUAAGGUCAAAGACGAAGUCAAGGGCCUCAAGAGACAGUAUGAAGCAGAUGUAACUAAAGUGAAUGACAUAGAGAGAAAGGCCAUUCAGCUGAAUGAUGCAGCUGAAAAAGAGAGCAGACUGGCACAGAACAUGUUGAAACAGUUAUCUGACCUGGAGAAGAACAUUCCAAAGCCUCUGAAGAAGGACAUUGCUGGUGUGGUUUCCAAGUUUGAUCAGCUAAAGGAUAUGGUGGCAGAGAAUUUAACAGCAUAUCAAGACUUUCAGAAAUACAUGCUUACUGACCAGAAAGAGACAGCUGAUCUGUUUAACCAGACCAAGUAUUUCCAACAGGUUCAAGACCAGCUUCUUGCCAGGGCAAAUGCUGCUGAAGACCUAAAAAAUUCUUCUCUGGACAUCUAUGCAAACAACAUAGACAGUUUGGAAAAAACACUUGAGAAACUCAAAGGAUUUGAUGGCCAAGUCAAUAGUAAUAAGGAUCUGGCAGAUGCAGCCAUUAGAAAACUGCCUACUAUCAACGCUACCAUUCAAAAAGCCAUAGCUGACAACACUAAGACUCAGGACAUUCUGGAUGCAAUGUCUGGUGACUACAGAGAUGCUCAGGAUACUAUCGAUGCUCUUACAAAUACUGCAUCCAAAUUGGAGGAAAUGUCCGGCUCCCUUCCAUCCUCUUCUGAUGUUUUGGAAACUGCUACUAAACUGAAAAAGGACUUGGAUGGACUGAAGACGGAGGUAUCUGCUACUAGCGACAGACUCAAUGAAGAGAAAAACAAUGCAAAGACACAGAAAACUCAAGCAAAUGAAGCUGUCAUGAAAGCUACGGGAGCACUUGACAAUGCAAAGAAUGCCAGGGAUGCUGUUAGUGAUACUUUAAAAACAGUUAAUGAUAUUAUGGGUUCACUGGGAUCACCUGGCAUAGUUGAUGAAAAACGAGUGACUGACCUAGAAGGUGUUGUAGCCAGAAGCCGCAGUCGUGUGGAGAAGGAAUUGAGGCCCAGACUCAAGGAGCUGGAGGAGAAAGAAGCCCAACAGAGAGCCACCAUCGCGAACAUGAUCAACGACAUUGACACCAUCCUGGCAGACAUCGCCAACUUAGAGGAUAUCCGUAAUCGCAUUCCUGAGGGCUGUUAUAACAUACCACCUAUUGAAAGGCCUUAAUGGCUUACUGUAAUGCAGAAUCAAAGCACAAAGUUACACAGUUUAAAGUAGCAAAUGUGCUAUGAAUAUUGACACUACUCAACUUUUAAAGUAGUGUUUUUUUCCGGCCAUAAAAGAUUUUGUACUGAUGUGUAAGAGAGUUUUAGUAUUUAUUUUUUUGCUUGUGUAGAAAGGUUUGUUUUUUUAAUUAAAAAAAUAUUACUGUGAAGUUUGAAAUGACGUAAAUGAGUAGUUGCAUUUGGGUAAUUAAUAUAUACUAUAGCCUACCACAUAGUUAAUUUGAUUGUCCCAAAUAAAAAGUUACAUCCAGUCACUACUAUUUCUACUUCAGCAUCUAGUAAAAUAAUGCUUUUAAGUCAGAAAUAAACAAUUCCAUUAUUGUGUA